UCGUAUUAUUAGAGAAGGCUUCACGUGCAUUUAUAGUGCAAGAUCUUGUCUUGAAGUUUGUGUCGAGUUUCUUUGAUUUAUUUACUUUCUUUGAUCUACUAAUGUGGGCUGGGCAGCCACAGUAUUACGUCCAGCCCGGCCAGCCUCCUGCUCAUGUUGUUGCUCCUGGUCAGCCUCAAGCUGUUGCUGCUUCCAAUGUCACUGGGACUCCUCAGUCACAGACAUCAACCCAGUCAUCAGAAACAGGAGGAGCUGAUUGGGCAGCUAAAGCAGCCGAAUGGGCUAAGCAACGUCAAGUCAUUGAGCUACAGCAGCAGCAACUAAUGCAACAGCAACAGCUCCAGUAUCAAUAUUACGCUCAAUAUCAACAACAACAACAACAACUACAACAACAACAACAACAACUACAACAACAACAACAGUACUCUUAUAAUCAAGUUGGUCCUCCUGUACAUUAUGCCCAGGGCUAUCCUCCUCCUCCUCCCUCUAAUCCUCACAUGUUGUCUCAAGGCUCAUCCUAUCCACAGCAACUAGGAGUGGUCCCUUCUCCUAGUAAUCAAGCCUCACUUCUACCAACACCACACAAUCCACUGAUGACAGGAGCAGCAGCAGCAGCAGGACAGUCUCCUGGUAGUCUUCCUCAACACUCUCUCUUCCGUCCACCACACAAUCCAUCAGCUCAUCCUUCAGCACACAUGCAGCAACAGCCUCCACCACAAGGAACACAUUCACAGUCACAAGGACCUCAUCCGCCAUCACAGCAAGGAUCUCAUCCACAAUUACAAGGAAGACUUUCAUCACAGCAAGGAUCUCACCCACUGCCUCAAGGAUCUCAUCCACUUCCAUCACAGCAAGGAUCUCAUCCAUCAUUGCAAGGAUCACAUCUGCCACAAGGAUAUCCAUCACAAGGAGGACAUCCACCACAAGUCUCAUCACCAUAUCCUUCUUCCUUACAUGAUUCACGUCCUCCUCAAGGGUUACUGCCCCGUUUACCAGGGUCACGUCCGAUGUUACGUCCUCCUUCCCAGGGGGUCCGUCCUCCUCCUCACAUGUCACCAAGGCCUGGGCCUCGAGCAGGCCCUCCUAUAAUGAGGCACCCUCCUUUGCCCAGACAGAACCAGUUCCCUGCCCAUCCACAUGCCUCCCCCUCUCACGCUCCUCCUCCUUCCCCUCAUGAUCAGCACCCAUUGUGUCAUCCCUCCCAGCCAUUACAUGCAUCUCCUAUUGCUGCUAGCAUUCCUUUGGCAAACCAAACACCAACCCGAGGGUAUGCCUCUUCUUCCAGCCCGAGCCCUUUAUUUUAUCCAGGCAAUAAAAAGCCUUCUUCUAGGGAGCAGCUUGUUAAAUCAUCACUUCAGACACUGUUACACACUAAUACUAGCAAUGAUAAUGAACUUAAAUCAGGGAAGACUGAUGAUGUUCAGUUACCAGUCAUACAACAAGACCAAGAAGUAGCUGAACAAGGAGGAGUACAAGAUGAAUUACCACAAGAGGGCCCAGAGGAAGUUGCUAGUAAUCCUAUAGAUGAACAUACGGACGAUGGCACUCUUGAUUUAGUUGUGACGACCCCAGUGAAUGAUAGGAAGAUACCAGGACUGGAUCUUGUGGAAGGAAGCAAUAAGACCGAACAAGAUGGAGAGAAAGGAGGAGGAGGAGAAGAAAAGCAACAGCCACAAAAAUCACAAACUAGCAACAAGAAGAGCGACGCGAGUGAUAGUGGCACUAACAUGAUCAUGAUCCAAUCACUUGGAAAGAUUGUAGAUCAGCUCAAAGUGUUAAGAUCAGCUCCAAUCAAGAGUACUAAUGUCAGUAGUACUAAUAUCAGUAGUAGUACGACUAACAUGAGCAGCAAAGAGGAGGAAGAGGAUGAUCCAGGCUAUAAGGACACUAAAAACAAAAUGGCUGCACUGCUAGAGAAUGAGAGUGACAGUGAUGAUGAUGAAGCUAAGGCCAGUCAGCCCCACCCACAGAGGAGUGACGAUAGAAGCCAACCAAGGGAAGAUAAUGCUAGAGAUUUUGAUGGUUUUAAAGGAGCAUACGGGAAGCCACCACAUGACUGGAAUGAUACUCAAUCUUUGAACAUGUUCACACCUCAAGAGCAGUUUACUGACAGAGGAGCUAUCCAUCGUCCUCCUCGUUCUUUCUCUCGGUCACCUUUCCAUCGCUCACUGACUCCUCCCUCUUCCUACCCUCCUCAUAAAAGGGAGCCGCAUAUCAAUCCUGAUUUUGAGCACUCUGGUCCUCCUCGUGGCUUUGAUGACCGCCCACGAAUCCCGUUCGAUGAGCCAAGGUCACGUUAUCCUGAUACUGACUAUCAUUCGCCAUCAUCUCGAGUGCCCUACGAUAGCGAGAGAAGAUCACAGCCUCGGUAUAAUGAAGAGUUUGAUUUGAGGCCACGUGAGAAUAUGGAGUAUGAAAGAAGAGCUGCAGAGUAUGAAAGGCCGCCACAGAGAGCCCGUGAUUUUGAAAGGUCACAAGGACCUCCUGAAAGGUCACAAAUGAUCCCUGACUACGAAAGGUCAAGAAUGCCUCCUGAAUAUGAAAGAUCACGAAUGGCCCCCGACUAUGAAAGGUCAAGAUUACCUCCCGAGUAUGAAAGGUCACAGAUGAACCCCGACUAUGAAAGGUCAAGAGAAUAUGAAAGGUCAAGAAUCCCUCCUGAUUAUGAAAGGUCACGGAUGGGCCCUGACUAUGAAAGGUCAAGAGAUUAUGAAAGGUCAAGAAUGGCCUCUGAUUAUGAACAGUCAAAAAGGGUCCCUGAUUAUGAUAGAUUACAAAUGGAUCCUGCUGGUUUUGAAAGGUCGUCUGAAGCUAAAGGUUAUGGCAGAGAUUAUGAAAGACCGGAAUUUUUUGAACAAGAUUAUCCAGCAAAAGACUACCAGCAAGUCAUGUCAGACUAUAAAUCCCAGGGGGUCUCAGAUUAUUGGGACAAUACCGGGUCCUCGUUACUUGAAAACAUGCAGUCAGUGGAUUAUGGUCAUGGCAAAGGAGCUACAGAGUCUACCAACACUGAACUAUUGCAAUAUGAUGCACUGAAAUCAUACUAUAAACAACAGGAACUUGGGCUUGGAGGAGAACAGGUUGGAUUACUCAAUUAUGCUCUAAGUGACCUCCAACAGAAGGUGUUACCAAAAUGGCUCAAAGCAGAGCUGGAGAGAAUGGAGAGGAAGAAAUCCAAGGAAGAGGCAAUGACUGGAGGCAAGAGCUCCUCUAGGAGCGUCAAGAGCAAAGCAUCCUCUGGCUCAAAAUGGAUGGAAGAGAACGAUGAGGAGGAGGAAGGUAGGGAGAGGAAAGAUAUUGAAGAUGUUAGUCAUAAUAGGAAGAGGAGCCUAUCACCUCAUACUUAUUCUUCCACUGAAAUAUCAUCAAAGCAUCAAAGACUUGAAGAAGAUGCUGUUGAGGAGAGUGACCACACUCUAAAGAUGGCAUUUGUGAGGCGUACGUUAACAGAAAUCCUAUUAGACGUGACGACAUCAGAAAUGUACUCACUUGCCAAUGAGAUCAUUAAUAAAUUAGGAGACUCGUCAAACAUUGCUUCAGACGAGGUUUCCCGCGCAAAUUUAAGCAACCCAUUAGGUCUGGACACUUUGUAUGGAUCUGACAUCUCUGAUGAUGAUUUAGAUGUUGGGAAAGAAACAGGAAAGCCUUCUUCUACCAAAAGCUCAUUGUCUUUCCAGCAGAAGAGCAAGAAGAGCAAGUUCACCCCCUUAGAUUUAGAGAGGAUGAAGUCAGGAUUUGAAGAAUCGGUUGAUCAGUUAGAGAAAGACCAUCACUUGAGCGAUUCCCAUAAAACCAAGAAGCCAGCCUUGUUGGCUAUUGACACAAAGCAAACAAAGAAAGAAGAAUGGAAGACGGGCGAACGCCAUCAUGCCACCAGUCACCAGAAAAGCAAAAAGUCUGAAUUAGAAGCAGAGACCACUAGGCAUCAUCCUGGUAGCAUUCAAGCAAUAUCUGCCUUGCCUGUAGUAAAGAAAGAACACUCUAAGUUUGAUGAUUAUCAUUAUCCUAGUGGUCUUGGAAAUAUGAGACAACCCACAUUGAAAAUAGAGAAAGUAAAAGUUAAUGUAGAUGAAAGGGAUCAUUUUGAUUAUUCUGUUAACAUUCACAAGAGUCAGAAGAGCAAGCAUUCAGUACCAACAGAGACUGAGAGGGUCAAGAAAGAAAGUUCUGAUGAGUGCCACGUCUCCAGUAGAAGCAAAGAGCAAUCUCGGUCUUCAUCAUCAGACAGCAAGAGAUCAAGAAGAGACGAUCAUCAUUUUUCCAGAAGCAAAGAGCAAUCGCGAUCUUCAUCAUCAGACAGCAAGAGAUCAAGGAGAGAUGAUCAUCAUUUUUCCAGCGACUUCAAGCAAAUGGAGGCAAAGAAGGAGGAAGACUUUUUGUGGGAAGAGAAAGAGCGUGUGACGGGUUCUUCGCAGAGCGAUGGUUCGUACGAGCGAAUUGUCAUGAGUUUAGACGAGAAAAAACAUCACAAGUCAGGAAAGAAGAGAGACUCACUGAGCGAGGGUCGUUCGUCAAAGAAAAAAGAUAAGAAAAGAUCUAAAUCUCCGUCAUCAUCCCACCAUCAUCACAAGAAGAAAAAGCACUCGUCUCAUCAUCACAGGAGAAGCAGUGGGGACGACCAGAGCUUUGAUGAUAAAAAGAAAAGAAAUAGCAUAGGGAGUAGCAGUGUUGGCGGCAGCGAGAGUAGUGGGGGUAAGCAAUAUAGGAACUGAUGAUAGUUUUGUAGCAUAAUUAUGAACUGGUAAUUAUUUUUUGUGUUAAAAUAAUCAUGAUGAGCAACAUGCAUAAUUUUGAAUAA